AUGGCGCAUUCUAGGGAUCUUCCUCGUCUGCUCCUGCUGCUGCUCGUUGCCGUCGCUCUCCAGGGGUCCUCCGUCAGCGCCUCCGUCAUCAACGCCGCGCGAGUGAAGCAGAUCUCAUGGAAGCCUAGGUUCCCCAUGCCCGCCCUAUAUCUUAGAUCAAGAUCUCUGCUCCGUGUUUAUGUGCUGCUGCUACGUUAAUUUACUAAUUUUCGGUGUCUUAGCUUUUGGCUCUGGCGUUUGCUGCCCGAUUAGUGUUUGAGAUCUGACGGUCAAUGAUUGUGUGCUAGAGCGUUCGUCUAUGAAGGCUUCCUCACUGAUGAAGAGUGCGACCAUUUAGUGUCCUUGGUUAGUUCAUCUAUUCCCCCUGUCUGCAAAUCUUCCUCGCUUUUUCUGUUAGAUCGGCUGGGUUUUGGACUUUACGGUUGUUGUCAUUUCACCGUAAUCUUUUCCCGAAAGAGAAUUCGACGACUCGUAGAUAAUUUUUACCCUUCGCCUUUAUCUUCCUUGUCCAGGCAAGAUCCGAGCUCAGAAGGUCUUACGUAGCUGAUAGCACAUCAGGGGAAAGCAAGCUUAGUGAAGUUCGGACCAGCUCCGGGAUGUUUAUCCGCAAGGGCAAGGUUUGACUCCCACAUUGUGCUCUCUUUCUGAGUAUUGCCCGUAAAAUUUGUUCAAGCUUUCUAUAAUCUACAGGCAGGGAAUUAUGGAACUUUUUCUGUUUUUACAUAGGUUUUAGCCGGCCUCGAGAUUUCAGCAUAUAGAUUUCGGGUUGCAGUGCAUUCCUCCUUAAAUAUGAUUAGUCUUCGAAUUUUUUAUGUCUCAGUGGGUGGUGAGCGUGAAAUUAUCAACCUCAUUAUUUCAAUGAGGUUGACGAGUAUUUCAAGAAUGACCUCUCCAAAUGUUGGUUGUUAUUUGGCAUCAUGAACCUCAUUAUUGUUAUACUUAUUAUUGUCUUCAUAUGAUUGUGAAUUUCUCUACCGUGGUUUUCCAGAAGUCAACCCCAAAUAAGAAGGUUUUGCUUUCAGUUUUGAUGUUUACGACCUCGCAAUUAUCUUUACAUGAAGUUAUCUCAGAAUAAGCCAUUGUCAGUAUAAUCUAAUUUAAGAAAUUUAAAGCAGCCCUACAUUACAAGUUUUGAGGAUCCGAUAGGUAGUUUAUUCAUUCGAGUAUUUCGAUGAAUUCGAUUUGGAUUCUUUUGGAAUCAUACCUUGGCCUGCCAUUGGCCAUUCUAGAUCCAGUAACCUGCUGAGUUUAGAAUUCUACACGCGAGUCGGCAUCUGGGUAGCUCAAGCAGAUUGCGUCCACGUUUUUCCUCAUAUGUUAGUGAACAGGAAUUCAUAUACUCUUGACCCGUUUAGUCAAGCUAUUGUUACUAUUGUACUGGAUAUGUCACUUUCAGUAGGCAGUUAAGUGGAGCGUUUCUACUGAAUUUUAGCUUGAGUUACCACUCUUUUUAGGUACUUUUAACGGAUGCAUGCGGUACAUUGAAUACCAUUAGAAGAAGAUUUAUUUUGUUCCCCCUGUAGAUCUCUCGUCAGGUUAUUUUCACCAUGCGUAAAAUUAACAGACAUUCUUGCUACAGCUUUAGAUAUACGAAUGAUAUGCAGGAUACACUGCUCUAUUUUUGCAAAUUGUGCUCUUAUCUUUGGAUCGAUUUUUGUGGAAGCUCUCAAUUCAUAACCAUCAUAUUAGCCUGUUGCUCCGUUGUGCAUGGGCCUGAUCUAUGGAUUCUUUGAGGUCACCAAAAUGUCACGAGGGACCUUGUGCUCGGAAAUUCGCCUCUGUUUUUUAUAAAAUGAGCGACUCUGCUUUAGUGCAAGGGUCUAGGUUGCAUUUGGUUGUUAUCAUCCAUAACUUUUGGUUGAGCUAAAAGUGACUGUUGGAGCUUAAUGCAAAAAUGUGUUGACUGUCUCAUACACCUGUGUUAAAGAUGGAAAGGCUAAUGGCGUCCUUUUAAAAAUGGAUUUUGCUCCAUUCUUUCUUGAUGGAUCAUUAGUGGUAUACUUCCUGCCUUCAAGUCUUCGAAAGGAAGAACCUGUGCUAUUUUUAAAAUUGGGAUUCGUUAAACGAUUACCUCCUAUUUUACUUCUUUAGUAACUUGCAACUCGUUAAUAUUCUCUUUUUGGUGGGGUCUUGAUACUCAAUGCGGAAGGAAGAAAGAGGGGAAAGAGAAAAUGGGGGUGGCAGUUGAUGAUAGUGUCAGCAGUACAUUUUGUUUUCAUGUACUCUAUUCUGUCUUAUUUUUAUUUUCCUCCUCUCCCUCUCUUCUCUCUUUUCCUUCCACUGGCUGCAGCCUGCAACUGCUAUCUUCCCCUGGUUUGUUCUCACUUUCUCUUUCCCUCAUUCUUUUCCACACUGUUGCAAUCUACUGGUUGCAACGGUGGUUUAAAAAGUGGAAGAGGAGAUCAUUUCACUCAAGGAAGAAUUACGGGUACCAGCUGUUCAUUUCUGAAACUGCGAUAAUUCAUUACUUUUUCUCACGGAUUUGUCUAAAUUUAGGAGAUUCAUUGGAGUGAAUUGUUUCUUGACCUUUGAGAAAGAAAAAUAGGAUCAACCCUUGGGAAAGUACUACCAUAGGAUGUCGGCGAUAAGCUAUUAAAUACAAAGGUUUCCACAAUUCUCGAAAAGCCAGAACAUCUUGCAUGGUGUCAACUCUGAUACAAUAGAACAUUGGACUUUGUGUAGACAGUUGUGACCUUUUAGGAGAUGUUCGAGUUCCAUCGAUCAUCCUCUGUUAAUAUAUAUGCUUCCCUUCAUAACAUGGUUCUAUCGUCUGACUGUUUGCAGGAUUCAAUUGUCAAGGGUAUCGAAGAGAAGAUUGCUGCGUGGACAUUUCUUCCAAUAGGUAGAUUUCUCACUUAAUCUUCCAUCUUAUAUCAGCUUAUUGCAUGUUGUAGAUCGUGCUGUCAAAUAUUUUUCAAAAAAUAAAAUAAAAUGCUGUGCUGUUGUUAGCUUUAGUUUUGGUUGGAGUUAUGUCUUCUAAAAAAGGAAUUCAGGGUCCUAUUUAUUUAUCUUCGAUAAUAGGGUAUCCUUGCAGCAAUGUUGUUACUAAAUUUGUUAGUUGGACAUAGAUGUUCUUUUUAUUUCCUUACAAGUUAAAAGAUUAAUAUUUUCCUUCAUUACUUUUGUCAUACCAAUAUGUGGUCGAAGGUCUAACUUUAUGCUGAAUAAGGUGUCUUUUAUUAGUCUGCUAUGCUUCAUCAUCAGUAGCAUGGGGUUAUUCAAACAGAUCAUACGCACACAAUGCUCUGUGAUGAUGGGAAGAUUACCCUGCCAUCAUUACUGUAAUGCUCAUAAUAAUACUGAUAAAAAAUUGAACGCCAUGCUCUAUCUGCAUACAUUCGUGCGCCACGAUGCUAAGCUCAGAAUCUACUACACCCAGACCUGAUAAAUUUCUAUUCUGUUUUCUGCUCGAAAUGGGAACAAAAAUAAACCUCAGGAACUCCCAAAUGAUGAAUCUGUCAGUGUUCAUUCUUGCUUGAUCAGUGAGUAAAACCUACGGCUUCUAAACUUUUGGGAGGAACUCCUGAAUGCUGCUGCUCCUAAAUGAUCGAUCAAAUGGUUUUUGUUCGUUCUCGCUCGGUCAAUUCAACCUACAAUUUCUUGAAUGAAAUAUUGUCGGGCGGGACGGACACCUGAAUGCGGCUGCUUUGGUUCCUCAGAAAAUGGCGAGGACAUCCAAGUGCUCAGAUACGAGCAUGGGCAGAAGUAUGAUCCCCACCAUGACUACUUCACCGACGAGGUCAACAUUGCCCGUGGCGGCCAUCGCAUCGCUACCAUCCUCAUGUACCUCUCCGACGUGGAGAAGGGCGGCGAGACCGUCUUCCCCUCCGCCGAGGUAGAACCAGAUGCCCAUCCUUCCAUCACCUUCCCUUCAUUCAACCCAACUCCAUAUACAUAUUUAUGCACAUUUCUUUAAAUCUUCCUCCCUCAUAACCCUCAGAACUACGGAUUUUAGAAACUCUGUUUCAUCAUCCACAGGAGGCCCCUCGUCACAGAGCUGAUGGAGAGGACGACGAUCUAUCGGACUGCGCACGCAAAGGGAUAGCAGGUAAGUGCUUCCCUCUGAUCUUUAUGAUCACAUCUUUAUGAUUUUAUAGAUAUGAAGAUCAUAUCUUUGUGAUGUCUACUGCAGUGAAGCCGAGGAAGGGAGACGCCCUCCUGUUCUUCAGCCUCCACACGGACGCGAACCCCGACCCAGUGAGCCUCCACGGGGGGUGCCCGGUGAUCAAGGGGGAAAAGUGGUCGGCCACCAAGUGGAUCCACGUGGGCUCCUUCGACAAGGCUCCGGCGGCGGCGGGCGGCCGCUGUGCCGACGAUAACGUCAGCUGCGAGCGGUGGGCCGCCCUCGGCGAGUGCGCCAAGAACCUUGAGUACAUGGUCGGGACGCCGGAGCUGCCGGGCUACUGCCGGCGUAGCUGCAAUGUAUGCUAA